GCGUCGGGAGCUGCCUUCCUGGAGAUCGGGGACGAUGACAAGUCGGCAAGCGAACCCCAGUAUUCACUCACUGAAUUUCAAGAACCUUCGGCACAUUGACUGAACGAGAGAGGCAGCCGGAUCCAAUCCACGAGGAAGACGAAGGAAGAAGAAGAAGAAGAAGACGUAGGAGCUACACCACAGCGUCUCGUAGAGGCAAGAACAGGGCAGGAGAAUAAUAGCUUGCGCGCAGAGUCUGCUGGAUCUGAGUUCUGUCGUAGAGUCACGCUGGAUUCACGCAAUUCUCAUCGAUCUGCUGAGGGGAAUCGAGAGUGGGAUACGAAUCUAUUAAGAAUUUUACGGUAGAAGGGUGUGGAGAAGAGCAUACCGGAUUUUCACAGUGAAAGAUCCGAGCAGCAGAAGAAGGGGCAGGAGCAAGUAGAGGGAGGGACUGAUUGGCUUUCGCGAAGAAGUUGCAGAGGGAAAGUUGCGAAGCGGUCAUGGUUCUGUGGGAAAUCACGUUGGCUACCGCUUAUGUUUUAGGCCUGAGGAGAACUUACCGAUUGGCUCUUCGUGGACAGAGGCGGUUGCUCGGUACUAAGUAUCCAAAGAUCAGGGAGUUCACCGAAAGACGGACACGGGCUGUAUUUACUAUGGCAUUGCACAUGUACCAAGAAAUACAACGCCGAGAUAUUACAGUCGGACGUAAUGUUGGCAAUUGGUUGCUGCGUUGGCUUGACCGGGCGCGGCCACAAGCUAACAUCCGGGGUGAUUCUGGUCCAACCUGUCAUCCCGGAACUGGAAGACCAUCUGCACCUCCGGUGCAGAAUAAAAGCACGAAAGCAAGCGAGACAAAGCGCUUACAGAUUGGAGCUCGAGAGUCUGCUGGAUCGAAAAGCCCUGUCAAUUCUGGAUUGUCCAACUACAAAUCACACGUUAGAGGACGUAUUGGAAAUACAAUCAGAAGUCGCUUGACGGACAAUUUCACGCCGAAGAUGAGAUCUCUGCCCGCACUAGUGUCUGGGCUGUGGUGGCAACCUGUGAGGCGACAUUCUGCAGACCUGGCAUCGCUUCCCAAUGCUUCGAAUGCCUUGAGCUUGUCACCUAUACCAAGACUGCCGGUUGUUCACGUUUUGCAAAAUAGACCUUGUCAACGUCAACGAAGUGUCUUUCGUGAAGACAUUGCUCGAUUGAUGCGCGUUCCAGCCACCCCGUAAAUGGUUCAGUGCAUGAAACUCAGAACAGUCAAGGGGACUUGAGACGAAGGACUGUUGGAAAGGAGCUGUGAAGAGCCAUUUGAAUACUCUGUAUAUAUCCGCUUUGAUCUCAGGAACUGAACUUUUUGUAGUAGCAGUCGUCUAAUAAGUUAAGGAGACCAAACAAAGAAUGGUAUGCGGGGUAGAGGCAUAAUGCAUUGUGUACAGUGGAGUGUAAAGUGAUUGUAGUGCAGUGAAGUUAAUGUUUCUAAGUACUGAUAGAAAGGAGACAGCGCCAUGGUGAUAGGCUGGUUAGUGUCAUAUGGGGAGGGGAGUCACAAUAUUAGUUAUCUGAUCACGACUCCUUCACAAUUUAGUAGAGGUUGUAACCCCAAUUUUAGUUAGAAAGCAUUAAGAGAAUCAGUGAUGUGUACUCCGCUACCUUUCACAUGUCUACGGUGAUGGCUCUAGCAUUGUGAACUGUCACAAUGUGGAAGUGAUCUGUUCUUUAAGGUGUUGGCAAAAAUAUUCACAAUUGCUGUGGGAGGACUAUCAAGUUGAUUAACUCGAAGACAGCUGAUCGAAUCGCUAUUAUGUCAUUAUGGUAAAGUCGAUUGGGGCCAUGCAGUGAAACGUUGGGUGAAGUUGCUAGAGAUGAAGGCGAAUAUAUGCUUUUACUGAUUGUACUUCAUCAGCAUUUCGAAGUAAGAUGAGGAUCAUGUUGAGCAAUGUUCAGUUAUUGUGCUAAGCUAGAUAUGUAUACAGGGACAUUGGUCUCUUAAAAAACACGAAGGGCUUAAGUACGUUGUGGGCUUUUCCAGUAUAUUGUGAGGUGUGUUCGAGAAUUACCACGGAGUUCCGGAACCGCGAUCUAAUUUGCUCGGUUGAGAGUAAUUGGACCAUGUGAUGCUGCACACAUAGGUC